AUGCAGGCGGAGCUUUCUCGCAGUGCAUUUGCUCAGGAAACCCUUGAACAAUCCACAGUUGCUAUCAACUCUCUGUCCGAGUCCUACAGCGGUCUCGAUACUCUUCUCUCGUCAUCCCGCAGCCUUGCUAAUUCUCUUCUCCGCUCCCAAAAAUCCGAUACUUGGUAUCUUGAGACUGCAUUCUAUGUUCUUGUUGGAACUAUCACAUGGCUUAUCUUCCGACGUGUCCUAUAUGGGCCUCUUUGGUGGCUCCUAUGGCUCCCCUUGAAGCUCAUUGCUCGUGUUGUGUUUGCAGCUCUAGGUGUGGCUGGAUUGUCUAGCACAGCUGUGCAGUCAUCUACUGAUUCACUUUCUGGCGAUAUCUCGUCCGUUAUUCAUGAGACAGCUACGGCCGUUGUGGGCGGCACUGUGACAUCCACUGCUACAUGGGAAGAACCGUCAGUACCAGUUGGAAGUGACCGCGUGAUCGAUGAGAUCGGUCGUAUGGUUGAAGAAGCCAAAGAGAAAGGCGGAAUUGAUGAUAUAACCCCCGAGGAGAGGGAAAGGCAAGAAGCACUUCCUCGGAAUACGAAGAAGAGGAUGUACGAGGAUGAACCGGUGCGGGAUGAGCUAUAG